GUCCCGCGCCGGCUCAGAGACAGCCGCGAUGAACUCGGACGCGGCGCUGCUUCUGGAGGCGGCCGACUUCGCUGCCAGGAAGCAUCGCAAGCAGCGGCGGAAGGACCCAGAGGAGACCCCGUACAUCAAUCACCCCAUCGGUGUGGCUCGAAUCUUAACCCACGAGGCGGGAGUUACGGACAUCACGGUGCUGCAGGCCGCUUUGCUUCACGACACUGUGGAAGAUACGAACACCACCUUGGAGGAGGUGGAGGAACACUUUGGGGCGGAGGUGAGGGGCAUCGUGGAUGAAGUGACCGAUAACAAGGCGCUGCCCAAGCUGGAGCGAAAACGACUGCAGGUGGAGAACGCCUCGCACAGCAGCCAGGGUGCCAAGCUGGUGAAGCUGGCGGAUAAGCUGUACAACCUUCGGGACCUGAACCGUCGCACCCCAAAAGGAUGGUCUGAGCAGAGGGUUCAGGAGUACUUUGAGUGGGCAGCACAAGUGGUAAAAGGCCUUCAGGGCACAAGCCCCCAAAUGGAAGGUGCACUGCAGAAACUGUUCCAAGAACGAGGACUAUCACUGUGAACAGCAGGGUUAACUAGAAAUGUUGUCGACUUCAGCAUGAUUUAGUCAAGAAGAGGAUUCAAAAAUCAAUUCUGACAGAUAUUGAAGCCCCCAAGGCAUAUUGGUUCCUUUAAAUGAUCACAGACAAGGAAAGACUCCAGUUUUCUUCCUGCUACCUAAGCUAAACACUAAUUUGUGAAAGUUAGAAUGCCUUCUAUUCCUGUUGUAACCCUGUAAUACACAGUGACAUUGGAGACUGAUUCUCUGGGUCUGUGAGCUUCUUUCUAAAUUGGCUUCACUGAUCAUACUGAAGACAGAAAAACGCCGAUUUCUGUUUUGUUUUAUAAAUGCAAUGAAAAUAAAAAAGCCUGCAGAAAUUC